AUGCCAGCAAUUCCCUUCCCCGCCGAGCUGCUAGAAGGAAUCCUUGUGCAUCGCAACGCCAAGCUAAUCCCCGGCAAUGCGACUGCUGAAAUCUUAGAAGUUGUUUGCGCCUGGCCAGUGUCUGGGCAAUAUGGGCCUGGGACCCGAGUUCUCUACUAUGCAUUAGCAGCAGCCUGUGUCUUUGCUCGCAAAGAGGAAUGGAUUCGCAAUCCUUGCCUGGCUGCUGUGUUACUGUUUCCUGCCGUCGCGGCUAUCCAUGGGAUUGUCCUGGCUGCUCUCCAUCGCAAUGGAGCUGUCGACAUGGAUGUCUACGGUGCUUUUCAACUAUGCACCAUCGGUAUCUUGACCGCACCGCCUACCGUACGACUCUCAACUACUUAUUUCAACAAUCCCGGUCGCGACAUCAUCUUCCUGUGGACAGGCCUCCUUCUAGCCGGUCUCCUCAGCCUGGUCGUGGAAUUUAUCCGCCUUGCCCCUACGGCUUGCCCACCCGAUGACCCGGCAUCAAUUGAAUGGGCGGCGACCGGCAAAUUCUCAUAUAACAGCAACUGCAGCUUGGUCUGCUCCGUAGCAAACGGGCCCUACUCGCCUCUGCGACAAGACGCUGCCAACAAUAUCAAUGUCAUCCCAGUGCCUCACGAACUUACCUUCAAUACUGCCACUCUCCUUGCGGCUGCAUGCUGCAUCCCAGCUAUUUUAUUGUUGGUCACCAUGUGGAUCAAAAUCCUUGAGAAGAACUGGGAGAAAUUUUCCCGUCGUGAUAGAGAAAAGGAGAAACCUGAUGAGUCGCCAAUUGAAGGCACGAAUGGCGCUACGCCUAACCACAUGAGGUGGAUUUCCGACAGGAUCCGAAGUUGGUUAACGUUGAUUGAGGUUCCGAUCUUCGUGGCGGCAGUGCUCUUUAUUCUGAUCAAGGGCGAGAUGAAUUUCUUCAGCACGCCCGUGAGGUAUCAGACGGAGCCUAUAGCUAGCAUCGGCCAAUGGGCACCCAUUGUUGGUACCGGUCUUGGUGUGGUCGGGUCGCUCUAUAUUUUACUUGCAGCCGACAUGGAGGCUGAAGACAAAAAGUUACAAGUACCAGACGACCAACUCAACGAAAACAUCGUAACUAGAUGUCCUAGGUGCGAUGGAUGUGCCGUAUUGGACGAGGAGACCGGUUCUGGCGCAGAAUCAUCUCGGAGCUGGCAAAGUAUCGACGAGCAAUCUUCGCCGCCGACGGCGAGAACAGCUACUCAGCCUUCUAUAACUACAACUUUCAACCGAGCCAGCACCACUCAAUCUGAAGGAAACGCAGACCCAGGUGGAAGAAAAAAGGUGGCUCGAGCCCUCAGCACGGCCAGCAGAGCACUUGCUGCUAAAGCAAACUCUAAAUUCGAAUAUUCAGGCUUCGAGGUGCAGGAGAGGAAUAUUUUCCCGACAGUUCCCGGCGAGGACCUCCGAAAUGGAAAUCUCUCUGAAUUCAAAAAUGCUUACAGCACUCCGCAGCCUCAGUCCAGGGCUAGCAGUCCUGUUGAGAGCAUCGAACCUGGGUCUUCCAAUGGCCAGGGUACCUCAAAGACGCCGCUGGAAUCACCAAAGCAUUUAUCUUUGCAUAUUCCACAACCGACACGCGUUGUAACCCGCCAGAGGCAUUCUAACACCGGGCCAUCGAGAGGAGGUCCGUCCGAGGCUUCUAACCUGCAAGCCCUUGGAAUCAGCUACGAGACUUCAGCAUCACGACAGCGAGAUUUACCAGAGAUACUGAUGCCAGAUCGGCAGCAUGCUAGCAUGACACCAUCAAUUUCCGACGUAAGCCCUACAGCCUUAACACCUGGCGCUCAAGAUACGCGGCUGAAGAUAGUGGUUUCUGAGGACCAAGGCGGACAUUCAUAG